AUGGCGGGCUCACAGCUGACCCGAGUACUCAUCGAUGGAGGGAGCGGCCUUAAUCUGCUCUUCGCGUGUACUCUGAAGAAGAUGGGCCUGGACAUCUCCAAAAUGCUCACCCCUAGCAGAGCUCCGUUCUAUGGCAUCAUCCCGGGAAACGCGGCUACACCACUCGGCUCAGUGGUCCCAAUAGUUACCUUUGGGAUGAAGGACAACUACCGCACCGAGUACAUCAAGUUCGUGGUGGCUGACUUCGAGUCAUUAUACCACGCCAUCCUCGAAAGACCGGAACUAGCCAAGUUCAGGGCCGUGCCCCACUACAUCUACCUGCUACUCAAAAUGCUAGGCAAGAUAGGCAUACUCAUGCUCCGUUGCGACCUGAAGAAGUCGUACGACUGCGUUCAGGAGGCGAUCAAGUAUGCCACGACAUCACGUGUGCUAAAGCAUUCUGCAGAAGUACUCGCGGCCACACAAAAGCUCACCGAUUUAGAGAUAGAGAUCUCCAGCCAGAGGCCUAGCCAGUCGAGGUUUAAACCCAACCCAAGAGAUGUUGUCAUCAAGGCCAUCCAGCUGCAAAAAUGUGACCCAUCCAAGACUGCUUUGAUUAGAGGCAGCUUGAGUGACAAAUAG